AUGUCUUCCUCCUCCUCGACAGCCCCAUCGCCCUCUCUCUCGCCCUCCCCGCCUCCCUCGCUCGUCCUCGUUCCGCCGACGCCCCUUCCUCCUUCCUCGCCUCGUCUCCCAUCGUCGCCGGCGCCACCCUCCUUCUCCCGCCGCGGCCGCGCCCCUCACCGUAUCGCGCGGCUCCCGCCGCCACCCCUGCCCUCGACGUCGACCGCCCUCCUCGGAGCCGCUCACGUCCUCGAGCACUACCUCGCGUCCCCCUCGCCGACGACGGCCGUCCACUCGCCGCGCACCCGCACGCCGCCGACCUUGUCCCUCCCCUUCACGAGCCUGCUCGUCGUCGACGCGUCGUCGUCGUACUCGGUCGACGAGGACGUCGUCCCGCCGCCGUCGAGGACCGCGCCGAGCAAGAAGCACAAGAAGCAGCGGCUGCGCAGCCGGUCGACGCCGGCGCGCCCGAGGAUCCCGGCGAUCUGGCGCGACAAGAGUGAGAAGGUCGACGAGACGGUCGAGUCGCGGCGGGCGGUGGGAGGGAGGUCGUGCGAGAGCGAGCUCUUGCACGUCGACGCCAAGCUCGAGUGGGCGAGCCGGGCGCUCGGCUUUUGA